UCCCGCCCAGCUGCUCGGCGCCCGGCGUCCAGCCUCCCGGCCCCUCGCACUGCCUGGGGGGCGCGGCGCGGCCGGCAGCACCGCCCUCGGCGCCAGCCCCACCCCGCGCUCCGGGCCGGCCACCGGAGGACCCGAUGGCCGAGGCGGGCCGGAGCCCCGCGGAGCCCCCGGGGGAGCCGGUUGGGCAGGUGGCGGCCAAAGCCUCUGAGUCCGAGGCGUCCGCCCCGCCGCGGGCCCUACGCCGGCUGCCCGGGGACCCGAGCCCCCGUGGCCGCUCCCAGAGCGACCUGUCGUCUUGCUCCAGCAGGGGCCGCCCCCUCCGGGUGCACAUCUCCGGCUCAGUUGACGGACUGGACAAAGCUUCCAUAGCCAACUCAGAUGGCCCCGCAGCAGGCUCCCAAACGCCUCCCUUCAAGAGGAAAGGGAAACUCUCCACCAUCGGUAAAAUCUUUAAGCCUUGGAAAUGGAGGAAAAAGAAGACCAGUGACAAAUUUAGAGAAACCUCAGCAGUAUUAGAAAGGAAGAUAUCCACAAGACAAAGUAGAGAGGAGCUGAUAAGAAGGGGAGUUCUUAAGGAAUUGCCUGAUCAAGAUGGAGAUGUAACAGUUAACUUUGAAAAUUCAAACGGGCACAUGAUACCCAUCGGAGAGGAAUCUACCCGAGAGGAAAAUAUAGUAAAAUCUGAAGAAGGUAAUGGCUCUCUAGCUGGAAAAGCACCACCUCUGGAGGAAAAGGCAGAAGAGAAGAAAGAGAACACUGAAAACCACUCUGAAACACCGGCAGCUCCUGCUCCACCUCCUUCAACUCUUCCUAAGCCUAAACCCAAACCUAAGCCCCCCAAAACAACUGUGCCUCCAAAAGGGGCUGCUGCUGGGGCCAGCCCCAAGGGUGACGAAGUGCCUCCUAUUAAAAAAAAUACCAAGGCUUCUGGUAAACAGGCCCCCAUCCCUCCACCCAAGCCAACAAGCCGAAACACGACCCGAGAGGCUGCUGGUUCUUCUCAUUCCAAAAAGACUACGGGCUCCAAAGCAUCAGCGUCACCAUCUACUUCUUCUUCGUCUUUUCUCAAAACUUCAAAGGAGACAGUUUCUAGCAAAACUGGGACGGUGGGAACCACAAAGGGCAAGAAAAAAACUGGCAAGCGGCCCACGCCUCGGCCAUCCUCAGAUGCAACCACUGCUGGUACUUCCGACCUUAAAGGAAAGCCAUCGGAGGCCAAGGUGGAGAGUCUCAAAACUGAGCCAGCGGGCCCUGAGACCGAGGAGCUGAGCACAGGCAAACCCAAGUCUGCGGUCCCUCCACCGCCUGUGACCCCUCCCCCUCCUCCCCCGGACCCCCAUCUUGUUCUGGAGGAACAGUGCGUUUUUGCUGCAGACACUCCUAUUGUCCUGGUCAGCAAUGGAGAUGACGUGCCCGUCCCUACCUUAGACGCGAGUCAGCUUCUCUGGACUGAAGAGCCGACAAACACAACCACUGUCCACUCAGGCACUGGCUUCAGUGUUAGCAGAGAAAAUGCAAAAUGUUUCACAACCAAAGACGAGCUGGGAAAGGCAGCACCUCAGCUACUGGCUCCUGGGCUGAUGGGAGAAUCUUCCGAAUCCUUCAGUGCCCAGGAGGAUGAAAGCCAAAGGGAGUACCGGGCCACUGACUCGGACUCUGAUGGGCCGAUCUUGUACACUGACGAUGACGAUGAAGAGGAUGAAGAUGAGGACGGCAGUGGAGACAGUGCUUUGGCAAGUAAAAUCCGACGAAGGGAUACUCUUGCUAUCAAACUGGGCAACAGACCGUCCAAAAAAGAAUUAGAGGACAAGAACAUCUUGCAGCGGACAUCUGAAGAAGAGAGGCAGGAAAUUCGACAGCAAAUUGGAACCAAGCUAGUCAGGAGACUUAGCCAGAGGCCCACAACUGAAGAAUUAGAGCAAAGAAACAUCCUAAAACCAGAAAAGAAUGAAGAGGAAGAACAAGAAGCAAAAAUGGAACUUAAACGCAGACUCAGCAGAAAGCUCAGCCUGAGACCUACGGUGGCAGAGCUACAAGCUCGAAGGAUCCUGCGGUUUAACGAGUAUGUAGAAGUCACCGAUUCUCCCGACUACGAUCGCAGGGCAGACAAGCCCUGGGCCAGGUUGACACCUGCAGACAAGGCAGCAAUACGGAAAGAACUAAAUGAAUUUAAAAGCACAGAAAUGGAAGUGCACGAAGAGAGUCGGCAGUUUACAAGGUUUCAUCGUCCGUAAUGAGGUGCGAGACUCUUUGGAAACAUAGACUGAUCAUCUUUGGGGGCAGCCUCGCUUCCUAAACACCUGAUACUGCAUUGCACUGGGAUUUGACUGUGUGUGUUUCCAUUUAACUUGUGGUGAAGGAAGCAUGUGGAAAGUGCUCCCCACCUGUACAGCCCAGAUGUGGCCAACAAGCCAAGGGUCGGGUGUAGUGACCCUGCUGUCCAGCAUGGGCACUGAUGGUAAGGGACACAAUGGUUGCACCAGUUAUUCUUCAUCAGGGGUUUUAAUCAAAGAAGAUGAGCAGAAGACAAUCGCUGGCUCCCUGUUACCAGAAAGCCAAAUUUUAGAGUGCAGGUUAAAGGGGGUGAGCCGGGGAUGGAAUGUCUGGGCAUUGGUAAGGGGUGGGGGUUGAAAAACAGAAAGAAAGAGAAAAUUUCAUUAUGUUAAUGAAAAAAGAACAUUGAAACUUAAAUGUAUUUUUGAAGAAGGCUUUUGAUAGCUGAGAACUUAUUAAGGGCUUGGGGGUCUAGUCACCCCCUGUGGAUUCCUUAGACACCUGAUCCUAGAAGAAUAUUCUUUCACCCUUAUGUUGGUGCAGUAUAGUACCAUUAUUUUGUAUUGUGCCAGUGAAUCUAAUUGCCACAAAUAAGUCUGAGUGUUUUCAUGCAUCUUUUUCUUAAAUGCAAGAGGCUUUCAUGGACUUUAACAAGCAUGCUUACCCAAAUUCUGUUGCAUGCUUUAAGUAGCAUAGCUAUAUACACUUCACUUUUUUUUUUUAGACUCUUUACCUAAUGCACCAACCUCCUGCAAGGAAAACAGGACUGGGAAUAAAUUCAGAUGGGAUGUGACCCUAUUAGUCUGUAGCAAGCUUUAGAAAUAAAUCUGUUGGUCUUUCCCUAGCUUGAUUAUCUUCCAAGUUGAAACAACCAUGCUUGAUCUAAGGAAGAUAAUAUUGACAAUCACACCUUUUAAAAAAUCCUGAAUCCAAAAUUAAAACUUAAGCAAGAUGCAAGUGUUCUGCCCGCAGUUAGCUUUGAGUGGGACUGCAAAGGAAUACUUAAUUUCAGUGCUGCAUUAAGUUGAAUUGCUGCUAUUAAAAAGAUAAAGUACAUGGAUCAAAAAAAAAAAAACUCACCCAAAGAUAUAUAAGAACACGGAAAAUUUUUGCUAAGUUGAGAAUGAGGAGAAUCUUAUUUUGUGUUUUAUGUCUCUGCAGAUUGCAUCCAUAAAUAUAAUAUUGACUUUCAGUGCAAAAAAAAAAAAAAAAAAAUAGGUGACUUUAAAGUUAUGGAAGGUGUCCCUAUGAGCCUACAGUCAGUAUUGUUUACAUUAAUAAACCCUCUAUUUCAUCUUACUAUUUUCCAUGGAGUCACAGGCACAGCAUGGCUUCUGCUCUCAAACAUGUGACCACAUGUAAAUACUACCUUGCAUUUCAUUGUUUGUUCACAAUUGUUUUGGGCCCCCUUUUAUUAAAAACACAUGCUUUGUGUAAUAAGACAAGACCUAACUAGACUUAUUUUCUGAAAUGAUUCUGAUUCAUAAUAUGGAGGACUAUAAUUUUCGAUCUCAACCAAAAAGCAAACAUUCAUCUGGUGGAUAAAUUUGGAUCCUGCCAUUUAUUUAUAUUUGAUAUUUUAAAGAACUCCUUGAAAUGGGGGGUGAUUUUGCUUAAAAGUGAAAAAAAAAUUGGCCCCAUUUAGUCUAUUACAACAAACCAGGACCAUUUAUAACUGAAAAUUGACCAGCAUUGUUGCAACUCUUGCCACACUCAGCCACAUGCUGUUAGUGAAAUGGCGUAGGAUUUCUGCACUGGUGUCAUUUCAGUAAUAGGAUCAGAUAUAUUUUUGCUCUGAAAAAAUGUUUCUGCAUGCCAAGUGGGUUUCUCCGGCUGAGGUUGAGUCCAUUUCAUAGUGCUUACAUCCAGCUAUAGACAUGACCUAUGUUCGCAUUUUUUCCUGAAGUCAUUACAUUAUUUUAUUAUUAUUUUGUUGUCUUAGGAAAAAUACCAAGGAAUGUAAUGUUAUUUUAAUUUUCUAUACUUACGAUUUUUUAACAAAUCACGAGGCCUCACUUCCAUAAAAAUGGUAAACAUAAGACAUCACUGUUUUAUUACUCCUAUACAUGUCAAAGAAAGUCCCCACUUAAUUGAUAAAAGGCACAGUUUUUUCCCCUCUAGUGGUGCAUGAAAUGCAAUUUUUUAUUCCUACAAUGAGUGCAUCCAAACAAAAAUGAGAAUCUGGUGCCUCGAUCCAUUGUUUUUCUUGUAUGAUAGGUCAAAUUUAGGAACUACCCACACUUUUUCUUCAUACUGAUUUAUAUGCUUAGAGAAAAUUUUAAGAGACAAGCUUAAAAGUAAGUAAAUAAAUAAAUAAAUAAAUAAAAAUUAACUGUGGCUAGUCUGAAAUAUAAGGCUUGGAACCACCAGUUACUUCAUUAAUUGAUUCUUUAAAUAAAAAGCUGUGGAAAGAAACGAAGGGUUGUGAACUAAGCUGUAUUCUGCAGAAUAGGCUCUAUUUCCAUAGCUAAUUCUAAAAGGCGGAAACACUGCAUACCCACCCCAGCAGCCCAUCCAGAGGCCUUGUGCUUGGGAGCCCUGGAAGGAUGUGAAGGUGUGAACACCACCCCCACCAUUGCAAUACAAGUAUGCCUCUGCCUGAGCCUUUCUACAGUUUCAGCAUUUCUGCAAUCCAACCCAUACGCUGCAGUUCUGUGGAGAAAAUAAAUGUGUGUGUUAAUUGUAUUGUUGUUACACAGCUCCAGGUUAGGCUGAAGUGUGUGGGUUUUCCUGAGUCUCCAAGAUAUGAUUCAGGGAAAAAAACAAAUCCAUCUCCAGGAAGGUGCCAGGUAGGAAAGAACUAGACAGACUGUAAGUAGCCAUUUCCAUCGUUCCUAAAAUGGAGAAAGGAGCAUUAGCAUUAAGGGCUUAAAAAGAUGCCAUGGGCUUAGCAUCUUCAGGGUCAUUACCAAUCAGCCUCACAAAUGAGACCUCUGGUGAGCAGCAUUAAUUUAGGGCAGCCUGCCUGAUAGUUUCCUGUGUAUGUGAAAUGUCUUGCAUUUUUUAUCGUCAAUAUUGUUCACCCUUAUGUUAACACCUUAAAUUAUUUACAUUAAACCUAUAAUAUUCAGAGAACCAUUUUGGGUAUUUCAAUAACUUUUAAAUGGAGGAAAAGGCAAACUCACCUCUCUCUCUCUGAAAAACUGACUUUCUGGUUUUAUUUUUAUAUCCUUUAUUAGUACAAUGAUUUUUCACUUAUCUUUUUCUACUGUUAGUAAAUAUAUUCUGUAAGUAGAAAGUUCUGAGAUUUAAGUGAAGAUCUAUUUAAAGACAUAGAGGAAUUGCAUAUACCCUUCAAAUAUGAUCCAAUAUUGGAAAUGAGAGAUAAGUUCUUUAAACCCAUAAUUCGGGUUUUACACACUGCAGUUAAUUCAGUGCUACACUGGCACUUUAAAAAAAAUACAGUAACUUAUAGGAGAGAAAAAUCUGCUACACGCCUGUAAGUUCCACACUUUAACACAUAACAGCCAUUAUAUGUAUACUUAAUGGAGUCAGACAGACACAACUUUCAAAAAUUAUACUGUAUUCACAAUAGAAAAAGGAAGUCUUGUCUACCGCAUAGUUGUAUGCCCACAUUUAAACAGGGAAGGUUUCUUUUCUUCCUUUCUUGCUCAGAAUUUUCUUCAGUGUUAUUAUUUUGUAAGUGGUCCCAGCAGCACAUUUCACAGAGUGAGAAAUCUCUUUCAGAAUAGGUGAGAAAAAAAUCAAACUUGUACAAGACAUAUAAAUUUAUAUCAUUUCAUCAGUAUGGUAGUUCAUGCAUUCCUAAAUUCCAGUCAUGUUUUAAGCCUAACCUUACUAGUAAAAGUAUAUACUUUGAAACAAAAGUUAAUUUUUUCACAUCGUUAGAAUAUGCUGUGAACACUGAGAAACCACUUAGAUGCAGUUUCUUACCAAGUUGUCUCUUGGCCAUUAUUGAGUAUAUGCUCUCUACUGGUACUUAGGGGUGGGCUAUAUCAGUUCGUUUUAUUUUACUAAGCAGAAUGAACUUCUAGAACUAAAGUCCUAGAGGAGAAAAGUAAUCAUCAAAUUAAUAGGCCCAUCUUUCUGAGAGAAAGCACGUUUCCGGCUAGUUCAAACCCAAGUUUCAAAGAGUAGCAUGGGACUCUACUAUAAUUUGGCAGUGACCAAAGGGUGGCAGGGACAAAAGGCAGAAUACUCCCAAACCAUUCACCAUUCAUUCUCUCUCUCUCUCUCUCUCUCUCUCUCUCUCUCUCUCUCUCUCUCUCUCUCUCUCUCUCUCUCUCUGUCUCUCUCUCUCUCUCUCUCGCAUCAUUAUGCUUUAGCUCUGCAUGGAAAUGUGCACCGCCACUAGUAUUUCUAGAAAACAACAGAAACAUAGGCUACUUAAGCUUUUUCAAAGACAGGGCCAUCCCAAAUUAACAAAUCCCAUUGUAUAUGCUGUAAGAUUUCUAGGAGUAAAAAAAAAAAAAGGAGAAUACUAUGGCAUUUAUUCCCACUGAAAGCCAACUUAUAGGCAAGGGAGUCAUUUUUAGCUAUGCCAGGAUUUGCUGCACACACACACAGACAAGUCAUUUUGCUUGUUGCACUGCUAGCACAGCUGUACAUAUGAGCAAAGCACUGUGGAUCAGUGUUUCUCAGUGGGGAUGCUGUUGGCAUUUGGAGCUGAGCAAUUCUUUGUUGUACAGAAAUGUCCCAUACAUUGCAAGCUGUUUACUAUCCCAGGCCCCUGCUGACUAGCUGCCAGUAUUACGCCCAGUAAAAAUCAAAUGUAAAAAGCCUUUCCCCAUGUUCAAAUGCCCUCCUAGGAGGGCAGUUGCCCCUCCUGUGAAUACCACUGUCUACUGCAUUUUAGGGCAUUAAAAAUGCAGGAAAAGUGUCUGUCUCAAAACA